CCCAUUCCUUUGACCAGUUCGAUGUGCUGUUCGGUACCAAGGAUCGGCGCUCACAAAACUCCACAGAUCCGUGAUCGGACUCGAAACUCCGGAGGAGGCAUAAAGGAGGUGCAUCGAUCUACUCACAGGACGAUCUGCUCGGCGCAUGAAAGGGUUACGAGAAAGGGCAUUAGCUCGACUUGGGGCAAAGUGAUCAGAGGCCGUGCUCAGAGCCCCCGCUGGGCGAGCACACUGCUUGCAUUGACGGUGCAUGCUCCAGCAUGGGCAGCAAAAUUUCUGUCUUACGAGUCUCACAAGGCGGCGACUUACUGCCAGGUACCCCUAGCAAGGACAUUAAGCAAGAGGCAACUGAGGCAUCGCAGAACAGGUAUUCUAAAGCUACGUUCAGAUCGAUACCCGGAUUGUUACAUGGCGCUGGCUAUACAAAGCCCCGCUGGGGAAGUCUGACAAUCCUAUUGAUCUGCCUCUAUGUGCUCGGUACCUAUUGGAAUCUUGACCAAGAGCCUCUACAAGCAAGCUCCGCUGCGACGACAAUCGCACGAAUUCCAGAGCCGCUCCUCGCACCGAACAAGCAAGGGGAGUCCGUGGCUCCCUCUCACUCGUAUGACGAGACUCGCUUGGAACUCGAGCUGAAGGCGCUGGCUGAAGAGUUCCGACGCAUCACAGGGCAUUUUCCGACACCGCUCUUCCCCUUGCCUCGCCUCAGCCCUCCUCAGCUGAAAAGAUAUGCCCAUCUGCGACAGGUAUCAACGGAGAAAGAUCGUGGCAAGAUCAUGCUGGUAGCAAGCCUGAAGGACGUGCAAGAGCUGCUUUACGAUCUCUUGCGAUCAAUCUCCGUACUCACCUCGUUUCUGGGACCGAAGCGCCUAUCUAUCUCUAUCAUCGAGGGGCCAUCAUCGGACGAAACUGCCCAUAUCCUGGAAGAAGUCUUGUGGCCUUGCCUCAUCCGCUUUGGUGUUGACUCGGACGAUAUCCAUUUGGAUCUGCAUAUGGAGGAGGUUGACUGGUCACGCCGGAACAGGAUAGAGCAGCUCGCAGACCUCCGCAAUCAAGCCUUGUCUCCGGUAUGGGAGGAUCACGGCUUGAAUUUUGAUGGAUUGCCAGUGAACAGUUCUAUCACAGGCAGGACCGCCGGAAAGGGAGUUGAGGUCAUUGUCUUCUUCAACGAUGUUUACUUCAAUGCCGGUCAGAUCCUGGAGUUGAUCCACCAGCAUGUGAAAUCCGGCGCCGACACGGCUCCGCCGGCGAUCAUGACGAAUGCCAUGGACUAUAGAGCAGGCAACGUCGGGGAAGAGACAUUCUUCUACGAUGUCUGGGUAGCGAGGACUGCGGAGACAGGGGAUCUGUUUCGAGACUUCCCGCACGAAGGCGACGGUCAACUGUUGUUUCGUGGACACGAGCAGCUCAUUGAGAAGUACGACAAGCUCCAACCGUUCGCGGCCUACUGUGCUUGGAACGGCAUCGCGGUCAUUGAUCCAAAGGUCUUUCUCCCGCCAUACAACAUCCGGUUCAGACGUUCCAACCAAACUUUAGGGGAGUGUGCCGCGAGCGAGUGCUCUCUCUUCUGUAAGGACUUGUGGAGCUCGGGUCUCGGACGAAUUCAAGUGAUCCCCAGCGUGAGAGUGAGUGCCAAGCUAUAUUCUGCUCUGAGACAAACACCUCUUGAGGUCGCGUACGACAUGGAUCUUGCGACACGUACACUGAUGGAGACGGAGGACGCUCAAGCAUCCAAUGGUUGGCACGAGGGGGUGCCACCAUCUGACCUGGACACGGGUGUCAAGUGGCCGGAGAGACCUCCCCCUUGGGUGAAAUGCUACCCCUAGCCGGAGGGCAAUGGACUGCGUCAUUGGCCCUGGAACGAAUUCAAAUGGGUCAAGCCCUGGGUGGGGUUUCCUAGGCUGCGGUUUGGGGAUCAGUCUCGCUAGAGGUACAUUGAAUAGUGUA